AUGGCGCCCGGUGGAUCCGGGCAGUGCGUGCCCCGCCAUGUCGAUCGGAAGGCCCUCUAUACCGAUCUUGAGGCCCGGGUUCGCUACCUGCAGCAGUUUAUUGGAUUUAAUGCCGACGAUGUUGCUGCCCUCAACAAAGGAUCCAAACACAUCAAGGCGCUGGCACCGACGCUGGUUGAUCGCGUAUACGCCAAGCUCCUGGAGGCAGAUAUCACCGCCCGUGUGUUCAAAACCCGCAGCACGGCCUCGGAGGACUAUGACGGGGAUUACCCCGAGUUCAAGAGUCCCUAUAUACAGUGUCGCCGGAUGUUUCUGCGAUGGUACAUGACCAAGCUCUGCUCUGACCCGACGAAGUUGGAGUUCUACGCGUAUUUGAAUAAAGUGGGACGAAUGCACCACGGCAAAGACCGUAUGCUCUCCUUCGACGUGGAAUACAUCCAUAUCGGGGCGUGUCUCGGCUACAUCCAGGAUAUCCUGAUCGAAGCAGUGAUGGGAUACGACAAGAUUUCCUUUCCCUUCCGACUCGCGUUACUUCGAGCUCUCAAUAAGGUCAUCUGGAUUCAAAACGACCUCUUUGCGCGCUGGCGGCUACGGGACGGCGGAGAAUUUGCAGCGGAGAUUGAGGCCGCCCAUCAAGAUCGGGCGCCGGAGUCGGGGACAGCCAGAGCCAAACCGGCCCCGAAGGAAGACAUUCCUGAUCGUCCCAGCAGUGUCAAGACCAGCUCGUCGUCUUGGACCGAAUCGGCCAGUAUCUUCUCUGAAGCAGUGUCUUCCGUACCGACAUCGUCGAUGACGUGCACAGAGCAUCCAUCGUCUCAUGAUACCAUCUGUCCGUUCUCGCAUAGUGGGUCGUCGUCGUUUGAGACCAAGGUCUGGUCGGGGGGUGAGUCCAGCAAUAGAUCUUGA